AAUUUGACACCAAUACUACUUUAAUGCAUUGUUUUAGUUUGUGUAAGAUUAUCGACGAAAAUGGACGUACACUGGCUUUACUAUGCGUUUGUUUUUCACAAAGUUGUUUCGGUAUACUCAGGAGAAAUUUUGCUGUAUUCUUUAAAUGAUGGCAACAAAAUACCAGCUGUAGCAUUGGGAACCAGCUUAGGGCAUUUGGCAGACGGUACGAGAGUUCUUCCUGUGAAUCACUCGUUGGCACAAGCCGUACAAUGGGCUCUAGAGGAUGGCUAUAGACAUAUAGACACUGCGUCCCUGUACAAAGUUGAAGACGAGGUCGGCCUUGGCAUACGAAAUUAUGUCAGAGAUUCCCGCGUCGAUAGACGAGACAUAUACGUGACUACUAAACUGUGGAAUGAUGCCCAUGAGCGCGAUGAGGUUAGACCCGCUUUAAAAAAAUCUUUGGAAGAGCUGGGACUGGAUUAUGUGGAUCUUUAUUUAAUGCACUAUCCUAUGGCCUAUAAGAAAGACGGUAAUAUUAGUCAAACGGACUACGUGGAAACUUGGAAGGGUUUAGAAAACGUGAAGGAAGCUAAUCUUACCAAAUCUAUUGGCGUGUCAAAUUUCAACUUAUCGCAAAUGCAACGACUCUGGGAACGCAGUAGAAUCAAGCCAGCCGUUUUGCAAAUAGAGGUAAACCCUACAAUAACCCAAAAUGAGUUAGUGAAUUGGUGCAAUGAUCGUGGGGUCGUGGUGAUGGCUUACAGCCCAUUUGGCGCCAUAUUGGGGCGAAAGAAAGAUGCCCCACCACCACGUGCGGAUGAUCCGAUAUUGAUGAAAAUUGCAGAGAAAUAUAAUAAAACGGUCCCUCAGGUUUUACUCAGAUAUUUGUUGGACCGAAAGCUGGUUGCUAUUCCACGGUCGACGAACAAAGAUCGUAUCAAGCAAAACAUCGACCUAAUGGAUUUUUCACUCACUUCUGAAGAAGUUGAGGAGCUGUCAAGUUUUAACAGUAAUUACAGACUCCGGACACCAGCUAAGUGGUAUCCGCACCCACAUUUCCCAUUCGAGAGAAAGAACCUUACUUCAAUUGAAAUAGAACACAUAAUCGCGAACAGUAAAGAUGACUGAGAUAAAAGAAAUCUUUGAUUUCCACAUUCGAAUUACAAUAUUGCGGUAAAAAAGUUUUGAUUGGUGAUAAUUGAACCCGGAUUUUCCAUUAAGCAGUCUUAUAUUUUACGAGCACAAAUAUUACAAAGUUUGCCUUUGUUGGCGUACUUUUGAAAUUUUCUGUUUAAUGAAUUUGUUUUAUGUGACGUUUAUUUUAAUAAGAUUUCUGUAUAAUAUUGUGAUUAAUUUUCUCUAAAUUUA